AUGGCUUCAUCACAACCCCUUGUUUCCAGGACGGAAACCCUUAAGAAGUACCUCAGCCUCGAGCAGAAGGGCAAGAUCAUAGCCGAGUACAUCUGGAUCGAUGCUGAGGGUUCAACCCGCUCCAAGUCAAGGACCCUUGACGACAAGGCCUACACCCCCGAUGAGCUCCCCAUCUGGAACUUCGACGGUUCAUCUACCGGCCAAGCUCCCGGCGACAACUCCGAUGUUUACCUGAGACCCGUUGCGGUCUUCCCUGACCCUUUCCGCGGCUCUCCCAACAUCCUUGUCCUCUCUGAGUGCUGGGAUGCCGAUGGUUCUCCCAACAAGUUCAACUUCCGACACGAGUGCAAGAAGGUCAUGGACCUCCACUCCGAGAGGAAGCCUUGGUUCGGUCUCGAGCAGGAGUACACCCUGCUUGGCGACGACGAGCGCCCUUACGGCUGGCCCGCUGGUGGUUUCCCUGCUCCCCAGGGCCCUUACUACUGCGGUGUUGGAACCGGCAAGGUCGUCCAGCGUGACAUUGUUGAGGCCCACUACAAGGCCUGCCUCUACGCCGGCAUUAACAUCUCUGGCACCAACGCUGAGGUCAUGCCUGCCCAGUGGGAAUUCCAGGUCGGUCCCUGCGAGGGUAUCGAGAUGGGUGAUCACCUCUGGGUCGCCCGCUUCAUUCUCUACCGUGUCGCCGAGGACUUUGGCGCUAAGGUGUCUGUCCACCCCAAGCCCAUCCCUGGAGAUUGGAACGGUGCCGGGUUGCAUAGUAACUUUAGCACGGCUGAAAUGCGUGUUGAGGGUGGCAUGAAGCACAUUGAGGCUGCCAUCAAGAAGCUUGAGGGCCGUCACAAGGAGCACAUUGCCGUCUACGGCGAGAACAACGAGCUCCGUCUUACUGGCCGCCACGAGACUGGCUCCAUUGACCAGUUCUCCUGGGGUGUUGCCAACCGUGGUGCCUCCAUUCGCAUUCCCCGUGAGGUCGGCACUAAGGGCUACGGCUACUUCGAGGAUCGCCGCCCCGCCUCCAACGCUGACCCCUACCGUAUCACCCAUCUGUUGAUGGAGACUUGUUUCGGUGCUGCCGAGUAA